AUGAAUGCCCGUUAUUUAUACAAGAACACCGAAGUACCACUCGAGAGUUUUACGUCAACUGGUGAUUUUAUAGAACACGAAUUACCUGCUGAAGAUUGUACUGGUUUCGAAUCAGAUGUUGUCGAUGAACUUGCAACACAGGGAUCCGUGUACCACUCGGAGACCGACCAAACGUGCUACAUUGUAUGGAGAGUCAUAGAGUCUGGUUGUGUACUGGAAUUGAGAAGAUUCACAAUCCCUUCUCAAGGGACGACAAUUAAUCAGCCCGGAGCCACUUGUUUACCUGUUCGCUUCAGAUUUUCAGCAAACAUACUUCCUCACGUUACCUUCUUUACAGACCCUGCAACACGUGCUUUGCGUUGUAUAGUAUUAAUAUCUUGUGGUGUCUUGUAUCGCCUUGAUUUACCACUAGGGUCACUUUUCACAAAAAAUUUACCACAAAACUUUUACAGACGUUAUAAAGUAACGUUGCUUCAAGGAAGAACACCUUUUAUGGUGCAUGGUGUGGAUUUUGAUAAUAUCGUAGUUAGCUCAAAAGAAGGGACCAUCAUAUAUCUGAAGCAUCAACCGAUACCUCAUUUUAACGCUCUUGGGGUAAUUGAACAGACCGACGAAGAUGAUUUCCGAGAAAGUCAGCUCAUAGGCUCUUUGUUCAACCAAAUAAAAAAUUAUAUCCUUCCUUCUCGGCGUCAUCAGACGACUGAUGACAGUCAUACGACUUUCAACGACGAAGAUGGAACGUUAAAACAGCCGAUAUCACUGACAUCACACGUACACGGGAAUUCUAGCUUAUAUCUUAUAUACUUACGUCGCGACCGUCGUAUUGUGAUAUGGUCGUUGAAUUCGAAUAAGCAUUUGGAGACAUAUCCAAUUUCUGUUCAGGAAGAUGACAUGGAAACCGAUUUAAAUGACUCAGAUGAUGUUCUCAUGACGUAUUUGAAUGAAUUUAAUCCGCUAAAUCCACUGCCCUCCACUCCACAGAAAUUCAUAAGAGUUUUGACCUCAAGUCCUAUUCGGGAUUCGAUGUCAUUCGAUUUUGUUGUAUAUAUUCCGACGUCAGGAGACGGUUUUUUUGGGAUCUAUCGUGUGAUGGUGGAUGCCUCGGGAGGUCUGAAACAACUUAAUUUGAUUAGACGUUCAUAUCAAAAUCCGUGUGAGCAAUUAAGAAGCGGUGAUUAUCCGUUUUACGACUUGGUGGACAUGGAACUGACGCCUUCCCGCAAGAUUGAAGUAAAUGAAUUGAACAAUGGGAACGGUGAGACUAAGAGGCGGGAAUGGAGAUUGUGGGCCCUGUGGAAACGGAAACGUCAGACGGUAUUAACCUACACACAUUUUCAUCUUACUUACUACGAUGCCUCUGGGAAUAACGGCUAUGAUAUGAUCUCGAGUUUAAACAAUGAUGACGAUAUCAUUGGUAAAAGAUGGGAGUACGUCGCUAGAGCUCCAAUCAAAAAUCAUGACAAAGGAUAUUUGCAUAAACUGCCGGAUCUUCAGACGGACCAUGUCAAGGUAUGCACGGAUUACUUAUUCUGUCCUGGACGAUUCUCGGCUUCGAUAAUCAAUCGCGCGCUGGAAAAAUAUGUUCGACAUUUUAAAACGCAAGAUUCGGAGGAAGUGCAAGAAAAAGACCUUUUAGAAUACGAAUCUAUGAUCGCAAACACGACCUUCGAUCUGAAACAGAAGGUCAAACAGGUGGUCGCAAAACAUAUUCGUCUACAAAACGAUCCGGAGAAUGACAUCCCACUCAAGAAUGAUCAUAAACAACUUGUCAUCGAGGAAUGGGUGCGUUUCAUAUUAUUAUGCAUCGAAGUUAAGGAAACCUCUCGAUUUCCGCUUAGUCUAUCAAUCAUUCAAGCGGGUCACUUCGUCGCCGUGACUCAACAGGAUAGCAUAUCAACCAUCCGAGUUUGUGACACGUUGGAACUAUUUCAUUAUUAUACCAGCGACGAGUUCAAAUUCCUAAAUCUAUCCAUUCGUUCGACGAGUCAACUAUCGGUCACGUAUCCGAAAUCAGAAACAAUCAAGCCUUCGGACAUGAUCAGGUUAUUUAAGUCAAUGAACUUGAUCGUUUCGCCCUUUUUAGACGUUGACUUGUUAUUACUUGAACGCGCGAUUUUCAAAGCACUCAGUAAACCUUACUUGACUUCGGUGAGGCAGAGUGCCAUGGAAUUCUAUGAAAGUCACUUGAAUCAACGGUUACACCCAGGUCUAAAGGUGAGAAUAUGGAAGUUGCUGGAAACGAGUCAACGACUGGAAAGGAUUGUUCUUAUUGUCCUCACAGCUUUGAAUGACGUUGUUUUUGAAAAAAGUGAUAAAACUGGGGAAAUGAUUAAAACAACGGUUUUCAUGGACGCUUUGAUUUCAUCGUCCACUGCAGAUAUUAUUCAUUCUCAUUAUAUAAUAGCGCGUAAUUUGUACCUUCUGCUGGUCUUUUUGAUUUGCACAAAACCUCACCUGGAAAUGGAACAAAGGGUGUCGAUGAGCAUGUCGACUCUCUAUAUAUUCAUGAUACUGAAAUGGAUAACGGAACAAUCCGCUUAUUCCGAUGCCAAUAUCGAUAGACCACUAACAGCUGAAGAUGGCAUGUUUGAAAAGUUCUCCGAUCUGAGCAUGGCCAACACCAAAAAUGUACCGGAACUGCCUGACUUGCGUUAUAGCCUACUUCACAGCCUCAUUCACCAACAUUUUCCCUUGGCCUUAAGCUUUCGGAUACAAUUUUUGCCUGUGAUAAUAAUGCGUGGCGUGAAAGAUUUGCUUGACAAAAUUGAAUUCCUGCCCAAGAAUUCACCGCAAUUGAUGGUCAUGACACCUCAGCCCUAUUCCAAAUUUGGAAAAUUGCUACAUGUCUCCGGUUUUUUGGAGCAUCUUCAUCAGUACAUUCAAUUUUUGCUAGAAACUCCCUCAAGUCUAUAUCUCUAUGGUGAGCAGUUAUUGAAGGAACGCAAAUUUGAUAAAGCGGCCGAAAAAUUUAUUAGAGCUGGAUCGGGAUUUACAAACGAUAUGUCGCUUCCAUCUUACACUGGCGAACCGAUUGUUCCAUCACAGGAUUAUCUACCGGGAAAUUUAACCGGUUAUUUCAGACAUGUCGCGACACUAUUCGAGAAUUGUGAGCAGCCGAUUCACGUAAUUAAAUUCUGUAAACUUGCUUUAGAAGCAUUCAAUGAAGAGCAGCGUCAAAGCCCAGAAGGUCGUGAUCUGGUUUCUCAGAUGUGCUCAAAGAUUUUCGCCAAUGCGAUGCAGACUGACUUGUUUGACGAAGCAUAUAACGCGAUGAUAAUGAAUCCAAGUUUAAUAUCCCGACGAGCUAACCUUCGUCCCUUUGUGGUCAACCUGUGUGAGAAAAGACGGAGCAUAAGCCUUCAACAAUAUCCGUUUCUUGAUCUGCGAGGAGAUUUGGAAAACAUCCUGGAAUUCCAUGCACGCUGCCAUGUUGCAACCGAGGCUCCAAAUUACUCGAUGAUUUGUUAUUCAUACUAUAUUUCCUGUAAAAAAUUCAGAGAUGCCGCUCGUAUCAUAUAUCAAUAUGCCAAGAAAAUAGAAGACAGCAGCUUAGUAUUUGAUAAUUUCCAAAAGGCCAUGACAGAUUUAGCCUCCAGCUAUCUUUCAGCCAUUAACGCGUUGGAACAGGUAACGCCAGUGUCCCUCGCGUGGUUCCACUAUAUAACCCUUUCGCCCAGUGACGAUGAUCGAUCGCGAAAAAGAACAAAAUAUGACGAAGCUUCGAAAGAUGAAAACAAAGUCAUCACCGAAAUAAUAUCACUACCAGAUCUAAAAAAGUCAUACACGUUGGUGAUGGCCAGACUCGAGUUAGGACGUGAAUUUGCGGAAAAAGUCACUCCAAUAAAAUCGCAAGAGGCGGUCAAGCUAUGCAGCUAUGCUGGAAAGUUUGAUUUGGCCAUCUCGAUUGCCAAACUUUUUGAAAUUCCAUUGGAUGACGUAUUUGAAAGAAUGACACGGAAAUGUUUAUUACCACUGAAUUCGAACACUGAUUCAAGUGAACACAGGACAUCUUGGGUUAGAAAUAACGAAGUCACACAACUUAUACACGGUACGGAAACGGAUAAAGCGUGGGCCAUGUUACGAAAAUAUCUGGACAAGUACGACAAGAGAGAAGAAACGCUUUGCCGUUACAGAGCUAUUGUACUGAGAACUAUGCUAACAGUCAAUUCUCAAAUUUGUAUUCCCGAAUGGUUAACAUCGUUUUACAAGACAUAUAAUCAAGGAGAACACAUCAAAAUAUUGAUGGAUUUUGGCCGCCUAUCUGACGCGGUCACGGCUGUUUCAGAGUUACUGGAAAUGGAGGUGAAUAAUCAUGAUGGGAAGGUAGCAUCUCAUUGUCUUCCCUGGAACAUAAUUGAAAACGUAAAGUCAUUAUUAAAUCAAACAAUGGAGAAUCCUCAAUUGAAAGCUGGCAAAGAAACAUUGGAGAAAUUAAAAGGUAUUUUAGACGAAGUGACCGAAACGUACUUUAAAACAUUAUCGCGAAAAUAG